AUGGGCAAGAGCACGGUGUCGAAGUGGCUUCGGGAGAUGAACAUACCCGUGGAUGACGCCGACGCCACAGUCCAUCGACUGUACGCGCCAGGUGGUGAGGCUGUCAAGCCCAUCCGAGAGGCUUUCGGAGAUGGCGUCUUGGCCGAGGAUGGCAGCAUCGACCGGAAGUCCCUGUCCAAGCUGGUGGUUGGAGAGGAGAACAAGCAGAAGCUCCAGGAACUCGAGGCAAUCGUCCAUCCACUCGUGGAGGCAGCACGCGACGCCUUCAUCGCCGAAGCGUCCCGACAGUCUGAGCCGCUGUGCAUCCUCGAUAUCCCGCUGCUCUUCGAGAAGCAUCUGGAGCAACACUGUGACUUGGUUGUCGUCGUCAGUGCGCCGGCUGAGCAGCAGCGUGCCCGAGUUCUGGCUCGAAAAGAGAUGGACCCCGACAAGUUUACGGCGAUCUUGGCCAAGCAGGUCCCGGACGUCGAGAAGCGAAUACGAGCAGACCGCAUCGUGGAUACCGGGCUCACCCUCGAGGAGACCAAAGCGCAGGUGGUUGCAUUCAUUGAAGACUGCCGCCGCCAGAUGACUCAGGAGCGGCAGAGGGACAGGACCUUGUACUGGCUACUCCUGGGGGCUGCCUUAGCCAUGGGAGUCUCUGCUGCUCUGGCACUGCACCGGCGGAAAGCCGGCAAGGGCGGUUCUAUGUGGCACGGGGUUCGUGACUGUCCGGCCUUACAGUUUCAAGGCGAAGACAAUGCAUGCCUCGACAAGCACACAGAAGCAGCGUGGUGA